GGCCACGUGGACCCAACAGCUGGCACAUGGCGGGUCUUCACACUGACAAAUUUACCUGAAAAAGCCGAAAUUUACCACUUAUAGACCUCACUGCGCCUAUUUACGUCCCAUGAAGCAGGAUGUCCCCCUGACAAUGGUUUCAGCGCCCAGCAUGGCAGAAGCACGCCCAGACACGCCCAAAAAGUACACGUGCGCCUGUGGCCUUGCGCAGGAGGAGAAGAAGAGCAAAUUUUUAGGUCGGUGCCGUAACUGCCACACCAGAGCGAAAUACUUGCGUGGGCAGAGCAGUUUCGACGCGUCCCUCCUCUCUCGUGGCUGGGGGGGCACUGGCGGCGGGCUGGGCAGUUCCGGAAGCUCCCCCUACAGCAGUACAGCCGCUAGUGCCAGUAACAGUGACGAUGGCGGCGGCGGCGGCGGUGGUGGUGGAGGCACUACUACUAUAACCACUACUACGACUGCUACUACCACUACUACUUCGUCAAGUGGUGGUGGUGGUGGUGGUGUCAGGAUGCAAACUAGAAGGAGGUCGAGAAGUAUGGACAGAUAUGAUGCAUACAGAAUUACAGAUCCGCCGCCGUACAGCAGAGUGGCAGAGGGUAGUGGUGGUGGUGGUCGUGGGCGUGGCGGUAUGGGCGUGGUGAGGCGUGCGGAAAGUGAGGACUCAGCACGUAACCCCCGCCCGAACAAGAUACAGACCCCCCCACCCCCCUAUGAACUGGCACAGAGUGAGACGUACUACCAAUUUCCCCCGAGCUACGAGGAGGCGCUGGCAAACUCUCUCUCGCGCGUGAGGGUCGCCGCCCCCACCGACGCCGCUCCCGCCAGCCAGGCCGCCCCCGCCCCGACCCCCGCCCAGACCAUCCCCCGAGGCCCCAUCCUCCCCCCUAGUGUUACCUCCACUGCAGCAUUGCUACCUGUGGGGGUGCUAACUCGGCAGUCGCGGGUCUUGGAGGAACAGGCGGCGGUGUUAGAGGCGCAGAGAGAAGCCCAGAGAGAAGCACAGCGGCAGGCCAGACGGGAGGCACAGCUGGAGCAAGAAAGAGACAUGGAGAGACAGAGAAUCAGAGAGUUGCAGCUGGCUCAUUACUGCGGCUGUGCCAAAUGUCAGAGCCUCUACUACAGUUACUACUACGAGGACCCUAUGAAUGACGGGGGCGCCUUCCCAAUGGAGACGCAGGUUCUAAUGCAAGAGGUUCUCACAGACGGUCUUGCCUUCUGCAGCCUCAUGUAGCGAAGUGGCUGGGCUGACAGAGCGCUGGGAGGUUGAUGGAGGAAAGUUUUUGUCUUGUGUGAGGGAGAAGAGGAAAAUUAUGUUUCUGUGGAAGUUGAAAGGGAAAGUUGUUGUUGUUUGUGAGGAAAAGGGAGGAAAAAUUGUGUUGUUUGUGAGGGAAAUAUUGAAAGAUGGAGGAAAUUUUUGUCUUGUUAUGUUAAGAAGAGGAAAAUUAUGUUUCUAUGGAAGUUGAAAGGAAAAGUUGUGUUGUUUCUGAGGGAAAGGGAAAAAAAUUGUGUUGUUUGUGAGGAGACGGGAGGAAAAAUUGUUGUUUGUGAGGGAAAGGUAGGAAAAAUGUAUGUUUCUAAGAGAGUUACAGGACAGUUAAGGGAAUUUUUGUCCUCUUUGUGAAUGAAAUGAAGGAAAUAUUCGCAUCUUGACGGAAAAUAGAGGAAGAGAGAACAGUGUUUGCUUGUUUGUGAGGAAAAGAGAAGGAAAAUUACACAUCAGAGGGAAAUAUAGGAAAGUAGAGAAAAAAUGUUUGCUUUGAGAGGAAAAGAAAGAAAGAAUUGUGGUUUUAGAAGGAAAAAUGGAGGAAAUCCUUGGAUCUGUGAGGGAAAACAGAGGAAGAGGAACAUUUUGGCUUGUUUGAAAGAAAGAGGGAGGAAAAAUGUCUAGUCUGAGUAAUAUUGAAAGACAGAGGCGGCGGUUGGAGGCUGAAAUAGUGUUAGAGGACGAACGAAAGGCGAAUAUCAGGGAAAACAAACGGAAAUGUAUGGCAGACACAAAAAAUAUGCGUUAAAAUUCUGUUUAUUUAUUUCUUAUCUAAUUAUUUUAUUUCUACCCUGUGGGCUUUUGAAGGGAAUUUCUGAGCUAAAGGGGAUACUUUUUGUGGGACCUCCUAUCUCAAAGCCCACCCGCUAGGAAACCCUUUGCAUGAGUGAGGAAGCCCAACUUACUCUCCGAACGUGGACAGGAUUCGAACCCGUGCGCUUGGAGACCCCUCGACCCCAAAGCACGCCUGGUUCCUCUGUACCAUGUUAAAAGGAGAAUAUGGAGGAGGAUAUACAAAGAAAAAGUGGGAAUUUUUUUGUCUUGCACGAGAAUGAAAAGGAAAAAGAAAGUUGUGGUUUUAAAAAAGGAAAAUAAAAGAAAAUUCCAACUGUGAGGGGAAAUAAAUGAAAAGAGGAAAAUUUUGGCUUGUUUGAAAUUAACAGGAAGGAAAAAUAUGCUCGUCUGGAUGGUGAAAGGAAAGGCGAUUGUGAAGGAAAAGGGAAAGAGAGGGAAAAAUGUACGUUGAAAUAGUGGUAGAAGAAUCAGUGGAUAGUUUGUGUCUUCAAAAGGAAAAUAAUAAAGGAAAAAAUAGGAAAAGUAGGUUUCUGAGGGAAUAAUUAAAAGGUAGAGGAAAUUCUUGUCAUAUUUGUGAAUGAAAUGAAUGAUGGGAAAAAAGACGAAAAGAGGAAAAUUUUUGGCUUGUUUGAAAGGAACUAGGGAGGGGAAAAUAAUUGCGUAUCUGAGUAUUAUAGAAAGGUAGAGGAAAAUUUUGUCCUAUUUACGAGGAAAAUUUGAAAUAUUUGUGGCUUUUGGAAGGGAAAUGAAGGAAAAUGUUGCAUCUUUGAGGGGAAAAGGAGAGGAAAAAUUUGGCUUGCUUGAAAGAAGGAAGGAAAAUUGUCUUGUUUCUAUGGAAGUUAAGGGGAAAAUUUGUCUUGUUUGUGAGGAAAAGAGUAAAAAUUAUGCGCGUUUAGGAAAAAAAAUUGGAGGAGGAAAAUUUUGGUUUGUUUGAAAGGAAAAGUGAGGAAAAUUGUCUUGUUUCUAUGGAAGUUAAGGGAAAAUUUGUCUUGUUUGUGAGGAAAAGAGUAAAGUUAUGCGCGUUUAGGGAAAAAAAUGAAUGGAGGAAAAUUUUGUCUUAUUUGCGAGGGAAAGGAAAAAUAUUUGUGGCGUUGGAGGGAAAAUGAAAGGGGAAAACUUACGUAUCUGAGGAAACCACGAAAUUUUUGCUUGUUUUGUGAAGAAAAAGGAAAAAAAAAUGUGCUAGGAGGGAAAAUAAGUUGAUAUUUACGUCUUUGAGGAAAAUGAAGAAAAACAAACUUGUCCUCUUUCGGAAAAAAAGUAAAAAAAAAUUAUCAGGGGAAGAAUCAGGAAAAUUGUCUUGUUUAAGGAAAAAAAUGGAAAGAAGUGAUGAUAGAAGGAAAACAAAAGGAAAAUAUCUAGUUUAUAGGAAAAUGAAGAAAAAUUAGUGUUUUUUUAAGGAAAGUUGAGGAAAAUAGAAUGAAAAAUCGUUAUGAGAAGGAAAACUAAGAAAAAAAUGUCAGAAAAAUAAAGAAAACGAAAUGAGGAAGGAAAACAAGGAAAAUUAUCUUGUUUAUAGGAAAAUGAAGAAAAAUUUGUGUUUUUUAAGGAAAAUUGAGGAAAAUAGAAUGAAAAGGCGUUAUGAGAAGGAAAAACUAAGAAAAAAAAGUAGUUUAUCGUGAAAUCGAGAAAGAAAUUUGCGUUUUUUAAGGAAAGUAGAAAAUUUAGCAAGAGAAAUGUUAUUUGAAGGAAAACAGGAAAAUAAAGGAAAAUCGUGCUUCUCUCAGGAAAAACAAAGGAAAAUAUAAGGAAAAAAUGUUACCAGAAGGAAAUUAAAGGAGAAAAUACAAAGAAAUAAGGAAAAACAUGAAAAAAAACUGUCAGGAAAAUAAUAUGAGCAGAAAUAAAUCACAAAGGAAUAGAAAGGAAGGAAAUAAGCUUGUUGAAGGAAAUUUUGGCGGGAAAAACACAAAAUGACUGAAUAAUGAAUGGAAAAGGAAAAACAGGAAAUUAAUCCAGUGUUACCAAGGAAGGAAAACAAUAAUUAAAUGUUACUAAUUUGAAGGAAAGUAAAAAUGAAUCAUAAAGAAAUAGAAAGGAAGGAAAUAAGCUUGUUUAAGGAAAUUUUGGCGGGAAAAACACAAAAUGACUGAAUAAUGAAUGGAAAAGGAAAAAAGGAAAUUAAUCCAGUGUUACCAAGGAUGGAAAACAAUAAUUAAGUGUUACCAAUUUGAAAAAAGUAAAGAUGAAUCACAAACGAACGCAAAGGAAGGAAAUAAGCUUGUUGAAGGAAAUUUUGGCGGGAAAAACACAAAAUGACUGAAUAAUGAAUGGAAAAGGAAAAAAGGAAAUUAAUCCAGUGUUACCAAGGAAGGAAAACAAUAAUUAAGUGUUACCAAUUUGAAAAAAGUAAAGAUGAAUCACAAACGAACGCAAAGGAAGGAAAUAAGCUUGUUGAAGGGAAAUUUUGGCGGGAAAAACACAAAAUGACUGAAUAAUGAAUGGAAAAGGAAAAAAGGAAAUUAAUCCAGUGUUACCAAGGAAGGAAAACAAUAAUUAAGUGUUACCAAUUUGAAAAAAGUAAAGAUGAAUCACAAACGAACGCAAAGGAAGGGAAUAAGCUUGUUGAAGGAAAUUUUGGCGGGAAAAACACAAAAUGACUGAAUAAUGAAUGGAAAAGGAAAAAAGGAAAUUAAUCCAGUGUUACCAAGGAAGGAAAACAAUAAUUAAGUGUUAAAAAUUUGAAAAAAGUAAAGAAUCACAAACGAACGCAAAGGAAGGAAAUAAGCUUGUUGAAGGGAAAUUUGGCGGGAAAAAAAGGAACAAGUAACGAAAUCACAAAAGAACACAAAGGAAAGAGUAAGUUAAUGCAGUGGUACCAAUGAAAAAGAAACGAAAAUUCAGUGUUGCCAAUGUAAAAAAAAGUAGAAAUUAAUCACAAAGGAAUACAAAGAAAAAAGUAAAUUAAUCCAGUGUUACCAAUUAAAAAAACGAGAUUGAAGUGUUACCAAUUAAAAAAAUGAAUAUAAAUGAAUCACAAAGGAACAUUAAGGAAAGAAAAAUGAAUAGAUCCAGUGUUACCAAUUAAAAAAACAAGAAGGAAGUGUUACCAAUAAAAACAAAGAAAAUAAAUUAAGUGUUACCAAUUUUAAAAAGGGAUAUAAAUGAAUCACAAAGGAACAUUAAGGAAAGAAAAGUGAAUAGAUCCAGUGUUACCAAUUAAAAAAAAACAAGAAGGAAGUGUUAACCAAUCUGUGUUAAAAGGAAAAGAAUCAGUGUUACCAAUUAAAACAUAUCCUUCUAAUAUUUCUGAGUCAAAAACAGUAAAAAAAAAUAAAAGAAAAAUGUGAUUCAGAUGUAAAUAGUGAAAAUAUAAAUAGAAAAACAAAAAAAAAAUGUCAAAACUCACAAACAUUUAACAUUACAUUUAUUUGUCUGUGAAACAUUUACAACUCAACAUUUCUGAGUCACGCAAUUGUAAAAAAAAAAAAAAAAAGGAAAUAGAAAAGGAAAAGAAUAAGGAACUGUAUACAUAUUGACAUGAAAUUAAAUAAAAAAGAAAAAUAAAACGAAAUACAGGAUCAUAAACUAUACAUAUUGACAUUUUAAAGUUUGCAGAGAUUUAAAUAAAGGAAGAAAAGAAAAAGAAAGAUUGUACAUACUUUCACAUAUAAGAGUUUGGAAAGUGAGAAAAAAAUAAAAAUAAAGAAAAAAAAACAAUAGUAAAAAUAGAUCAAGAAAAACGAAAUACAGGAUCAGAAACUGUAUACAUAUUGACAUUUAAAAGUUUGGAGGGAAUUGGAUAAAGGAAGAAAUGGAAAGAAAGAAAGAU